CGAUAUGAUUCAAAAGAAUAUGAACUAAAACAACAACUCGAGGAAGAAAAACGUCGUCUUUAUGAACAACAUUAUGAACAGCUUAAAAGUGAACUCGCUCGUGAAUCAACGAAACACAAUGAAGAAUUGAAAAAUGCACUUUUUCGACAAGCUACUGAGAUGCAACGAAGAUGGAUUCGAGACGUUAAAGUUAUGGUUGAACAAGAACGUGGUGGACGUCUAGCAAGGCUAGACAACAUUAAUCAUAAACUUAAGAUACUUGAACGUAUAAGUGUAGACAACGCCGAACGUUUGGACAGUAGUCUUAAAGCUCACAGGCUAUGGUGUGCAUUAAGAUCAUUACAAGAUGCGGUUGAACAACCACAUCGAACUCCUUUUGCUAAUCAAAUUACUGCUAUGAAAUAUUUGACUUCAACUGAUGAAAUUGUAACAACUGUAUUGUCUACAAUUGAUGAUAACAUCGCAAAUAAUGGAGUAGAUUCCGUAUCGGAUUUAUCAGCUCGAUUCGCAAUUGUGAGGGAGAAAGUUCGACGCGCAUCUCUAGUACCUGAAGACGGCGGUGUAUUCGCUCACCUUUUAUCUGCUAUGUUUUCAAGGAUCUUAUUCCGUAAACAUGGACUUGUAAAAGGGAACGAUGUUGAAUCCAUUCUUUCCAGGGUUCAAUAUUAUCUUAAUGAAAAUGAUUUAGAUACUGCGACGCGGGAAUUAAAUCAACUUAAAGGAUGGCCAAAAAAAUUGGCAGAAGAUUGGAUCAAAGCUGCUAAAAAUCACUUGGAAAUCAAGCAGGCGAUCGAGGUAAUUGAGACACAGGCUACAUUAUCAAGUCUUUCAGUAGUAUAA